AUGACAACACACCCCUUAAUCAAAAUUUACCACAAGAAUGGUAAAAUUGUAUUUAGUUUAUCGCGCAACGGGGACUGGGACGACUCAGGAUGUAAGAUGCAUAGCAAAAACGGGACAUUGGUGACGUGUCAAUGCAAUCAUAUGACAUCAUUCUCAGUGUUAAUACAAACAGAAGAUGUUAGGAUAUCAAAUAAAGACAAACUUGCAUUAACUAUGAUUACAUAUAUCGGGUGUGGAGUCUCGAUUGUUGCAUGUAUUGCUUUGAUUGCUACGUUUUUAAUGUGUGGUCGUCUCGUUAAGUCAGAUCGCAACAUAAUACACAUCAAUCUAGCGAUAGCUAUCGGGCUUGGUAACACGUUGUUUCUUUUUGCAGAUUUUCUACAUGGGCAUAAGUAUGUGUGUACUGGCAUUUCGAUUGGUAUGAUGUUUUGUUACCUGUCAGCUUUCUUUUGGAUGUUGGUUGAAGGUAUCCACGUGUACCAAUUGGUUGUGAAAGUAUUCAGAGUUGUGAAAAUGAUGAAGAUUUAUCUAGCCAUAGGAUGGGGUAAGUCUAAACCUACUUUAGAAUCAGGUCAGCAACACUUUUCCACGCUAAGGUGUACUGUAUUUCUAUCGAUUUAUUUAGUAUGUCCAGCCAUAAUUGUAGCUGUCACGGCAAGUACGAAACAUGAAUACUUAACAAGAGAAGAUUUUUGUUGGAUAUCAACAAGCAGUGACGUCAUUUGGACUUUUGUCGGACCAGUGUUGUGCGUCAUAGUUACCAAUGUCGUUAUACUGAUCCAAACGCUACGUGUGUCGUAUAAAAUGACGGUAGCUACAUCCGAAGGCUUAAAAUUCCGAAAACUUGCCCAAUUGACUUUACUUUUACUGCCUGUAUUCGGAUUAAGCUGGAUUUUCGGGAUACUUGCAGUUAAUGAUGACGUCAUAAUAUUUCAAUAUGUGUUCGCGUUUUUAAGCGCAUUCCAAGGGCUGUUUAUAUUUGUCGGUUACGUAAUUUUAAACAGUGACGUAAAGCGCGAGUACGAUCGAGUGAAACGUCGUUCACUUAACUCGUCCUUAAAAUCUCACCGCAGCACAGACACGCUACGAAGUAGCACAGAAGAAAUGCGAAACAGACGGAAGAGCAGUCAGUUUUCGUUGAUUUCAAUGAUGUCUUUCAGAGCAAAAUAUUCAGAGUCGAUGGAAUUUAAAUUAAAAUGUAUAGAGUCAGCAGACGAUGUUUUUCAUGUCAACACUCGAAUAUAAUAAACUAAAAACGAAAAAAAGUAUUAGCUACGUUGUAUACGCCCUUUUGGGGUGCUACAAAGUCUGCGUGCUCUGGAGCGUCUCAAGUGACAACUUGUGAUUAAUUCAGUACAUAAAAUCAACCAAUCAAAUUUAGAAUAUAGUGAAGAUUAUUUCCCAUGAUUGUGUGUGUUGUGUAAGAAGAAGAAGAAAUUAAAAGUUGAUGCAAAGCCCGACGAAGAAUCAGAUGACAUCUUGACAAACGAGUUGUUGUUAGUAUGCAUGCUGUAAGCCUUGAAGAUGUUUGAUUGAUUUUGCAUCCCAUGCGUUCGAUGAUUCCUUAAAAAUACUGUGUACCUUAGUUGUUAAAACAUUACAUAAACACGAAAAAAUCAUUUGGAACAAUUUUUUUCAAAAGAACUCCAAUGAAGGGAGUAAAUGAAAAUUUCAAAUUAGUUAAUGGACAUGUAACAAAUUUCCUUUUCCAGCUCUAAGAACAAUUCCCCUCUUAUCAUUUUCCAUCCAACAACUGCCACCACUAUUAGCCACCUGGAUUUUGCCUUCCAAUAAAUUCCGACUUCUUCCUGGAUAAUGUCAAACCAAUACCGAAAACAGUACCCCCAUAACGCACCCCAUAAUAUUUAGGAUGCUUUAAGCAUUAAACGUGGCAAUUGUCCCGUCUAAGAAAUUUGUUUAGUCCCCUGCUUUAGCGAAUAAAAUAAAUAUUAAAUUCUCGACUGAAGAUACCCUAAAGAAGUCGGCAAGAUGUGGUCAAAUUUUUGCUGAAUGACUGGCGCUAAGGUAAACGACUUGGUACAUCGUAGUCCAUUGAAACUGGAAGGACUAGACUGAUGGCCAUCUGCCUGGGGGUGUGAAACCAUGUGGUGUGUGUGUAUGGCCGAUUAGUUCCAAUUUAAGGUAUACAUAAGUAUACCAUCAAAUUUCAAGCAAUACUAUUCCAAAAGUUACUUAAAAAAAGUUCAGAAUAAGUGGCUCCUGGAACCUCCCCUCCCCUGCCCCGAAUAGAAUUAACAUUUUUCAAUGCGCGCGAAAUAGAGCAGAUUAAACAUCGACUGAUUUAUAACAUCAAAUAGUUUUAGUUUGCCUAGGAAACCAGCAGAAAAUUCAGGAUUAAUUUUAUUUAACCGUUGUCAAGUUAUUGUUGUUAUAACAAGGUCAUGCAUCCUCCGUAGACGCAAACGAGAACUUCAAAUCUACUAGAAACCUAUCCACAAGGUCCUUAUUUUAAACAGUGUAACUACCUGGGAGAUUAUUCUGGGUAAACUAAAACUCUCUAAAUUAAUAAUAGAACACUUUCUCUGUU